AUGCAUUUUCUGAACAUUCUUCUAGUGCAUUUGGUGUACUUUAUUGGAACAAUUGCUGCAUUCUCAAAUACGGCUCCAAUAUUUAUCAAGAGAGAUUAUGAUACUCCAGGAUUGCCGAUCAAGAACAAACAAUUCUUCAAACCAUUCGAAUGGGCUGAUACGCUAAUGUCAGUCAUGUACGAAAACGACGAGUAUAACGAAAAUGCAAAUCAUGUCGUCUCGUACUACCAGGUUGCCAAAGAGGAAUUGGAGCCAAAACUAAACAACUUGAAUCAGGAGGGUUUGGGUUUGCAUGUUUCCAAUGUCGUAUACUUUAAUCAGUCUGAGACUGUUUUCAACGUAUUCAAAGCACGCGGUGUACUUCCUGAACUCUUGUCGGGUGAAUCCCUCGACAGGGUAUUACAAGAAAUGAACUCGUACGAAAAGUCAGAUAUUGUUCUUCAAGCUGUACCUGACUUUAAAUCUUCCGUCAAUGCUGCCACUUCUGAGGAGAAGUUAGAAAACUUGUUUGAUUUUGACGAUAAAUUGGUUAGAGAUGAAGGAAAGGGAGAUGUGUCAGUAGAACAAGAAAUUGUUUCAGAUUUCGCUGAGGCAAAUAGAUUGGCAGCGGAAGAAGACGAGCCUGUCACAAUUUUGGAAGACACUCCAUCAAAUUCAACCACAAUAAAGCAUGACAAUCUUUUCACCAACUAUCAAUUCUUUACUACUGGAAUUUGGUCGGGUUUGAUCGUGUCUGGAUUCUUGUUAUUAAUUUUAUAUGGUGCAUUGACUUGGCUUUCGGAUUUACAAAUCACCUACGCUUCCUUCGAAAAGCAAGUUGAUUUCGAUAAAAAGAACGAAUAG